GAGGCUCACCGAAACAUUAGCAGCACAGCCCUACUGAACAGUCCCAUUAAAGUGCACGAGCACGGAAAAAAGUCCGUUACACGAAAGUAAACAACAACAAACGGUUCCAGCUUUACUUGCUUGACCAAGCAAUUAACAAAUACGUCUUUGCUCACUUGUGGGAAUGAGCCGAUUUGGGCACAUCUGAUGAUUGUACUCUUUUUUUUGAAGUACGUAGUGGAUAUUUUUUUUCCUCUCUCUCUCUCUCUCUCUUUUCUUGGAAGAGGAGAGAGCGCUGAGAUCAAGCAAAGAAAAUCCCCCUGGAGAUUCUUCAAAGGCUGCUGCAGCUGUUGUUCGGCAGCAGCAUCUCUUCGCUCCCUGGAGGAGAGUUGGUGAUUCCCCUCAGCAUCCUCCGCCUCCUCCUCCUCCUCGGGCAAACCGCAGCAUCGGUCGUGAAGAAUGGCCGCGGCCAAGACCGAGAUGCUCCUGCCUGUACCUCAGAUCUCGGAGCCCCUGAGCUUCCCUCACUCACCCAUGGACAACUACCCCAAGCUGGAGGAGAUUCUGCAGCUCCACUCCAACGCUUUCCAUGCCGCCUCUGCCCCGGAGGCCACGGGAUAUGGGUCAGGAGAGCCAGGAGAACAGUAUGACCACCUGACAGCCGACACUUUGUCGGAGAUCUCCCUGGGCUCCGAGAAGACCCUUGCCGAGCAGAGCUGUGCUGCCCCUCGCCUGCCCCCUGUUUCGUACACGGGCCGCUUCACCCUGGAGCCGGCGGCCGCCUGCAGCAACAGCCUGUGGGCCGAGCCCAUAUUCAGCCUCUUCAGCGGACUGAUGGGGAUGCCAGCACCCACCAAUACAUCGGCACUGCCCUCUGCUGCCCUGCCCAUCAGCUCUUCCUCUUCCUUCUCCUCCCAGACUACCUUGAGCUGCUCUACCCACCACGGCGAUUCAAACCCCAUCUAUUCCGCCGCACCAACUAUUGCCACUGGCAACCAAGACAUCUUUCCAGAGCAGAGCCAGACCUUCCCCAACCCCUCAAGCUGCUCCCUCCCAUAUCCUCCACCUGCGUACCCUAACGGCAAGCCCUCCACCUUCGCUGUUCCCAUCAUUCCUGACUACCUGUUCCCCCAGCAGCAGUGCGACACCACCUUGAUGCCUCCAGAUCAGAAGCCCUUCCAGUCCCAAACUGGACAGUCUCCUCUCUCCCUUACGCCGCUGUCCACCAUUAGGGCAUUUGCCACCCAGACGGGCUCACAGGACCCGAAGGGAACUUACCAGUCACAGCUGACGAAGCCUAGCCGCAUGCGCAAGUACCCAAACCGUCCCAGCAAGACCCCGCCGCACGAGAGGCCCUACGCCUGCCCCGUGGACACCUGCAACCGUCGCUUUUCCCGCUCCGACGAGCUCACUCGCCACAUCCGCAUCCACACGGGCCAGAAGCCCUUCCAGUGCCGCAUCUGCAUGCGCAACUUCAGCCGCAGCGACCACUUGACCACCCACAUCCGCACGCACACAGGCGAGAAGCCUUUCGCCUGCGACGUCUGCGGCCGCAAGUUUGCCCGGAGCGACGAGCGCAAGCGGCACACGAAGAUCCACAUGCGGCAGAAGGACAAGAAGGCGGAGAAGGCGGUGGGCUCCGUCUCGGCCCCUUCCCCCAUCUCCAGUUACCCAUCGCCGGUCACGUCAUACCCCUCGCCUGUCUCCUCUUACCCCUCCCCAGUCCCCUCCUGCUACCCGUCUCCUGGGCACAACUCUUACCCGUCCCCGUCAGUUGCCACUAUGUACCCCUCAGGCUCCAGUCCGUUUGGCACGCAGGGAGCAGUCGGGUUCCCCUCCCCUGUUCCUUCGAGCAUUUACAGCUCUCCAGCCAACACCCCGCUGUCAGACAUGCAGUCCACACUCUCUCCAAGGACGACCGAGAUCUGCUGAAACUCUCGGGUCCCUUCCUUUCAUCAUUUUUACGAAAUGAGCACUUUUCCCUCAGCCGAGCGAAAUACACGUAAGCGUGAUAGCGUGACCGCUGUGUUUCAUCAUCGAAUGUGACUGUUUUAAGCGAUUCUUGGCUUUUUAAAACCGGGAAUCCCCAGGUAAUGAAAACGCUGGUCUGGAACAAUGAGUCUAGCGGUCAGGACUUGUAAAGGUAUACAUGGGUUCUGUGUGUGUUGGUCACGUGCCAAAUUUUGUUUUCUCAUGGCCAAUUAUGGUGACAAAUAUUCAUUUUCACAUUUUUUUUUUUAACUUACAUGGGACUUGUUCUAUAAGCAUUUUCUCAUUUUCAACCGGUUUACAGAGACAGUCAAGCAUUAUGGGGUGUGACUGUAUUUUUCUUUUCCUUUCUGUAAAUAUCAUAGGUUCGGGCCCUCUCGUUCCAAAAUGUGAUCAAACAAACUGACAUAAACAUUGGAAAAAUUUUGGGUGCCUUCUGUUACGGCUUGGAUCUGUUCAACAUAUCGGUUUGUUAAGAGUUCCAAAAUAACCCUGUGAUUGAUGGGAUUUUUAAACAAUGUAAGCAGGAUUUCAACGGAAGAUUGAGAUCCAGCUGAGGUCACCCUUUCUUGUUAAGAAUCAAAGUAAAAAGGAAUUUCAUAGCUAUAUUUUUGUAAUAGAGAUGUAAAUAUGUACAUACAACUGAAGUGUACAAGAUACCUACUGGGUAGGCAUGAGAUUUUUGUAUGUUAUUUACAUGCAGUUCAUUAUUUUGUGGCAAUUUCU